AUGAGGGUCUCUGGAACACGGCAUUGCAAGAGGCCUCUGAAUGCAGGACACCAGAAGCAAUGCGCCGAAUAUUUUGUCUCAUCUUGCUAUUCAGUAAUGUGUCUAACCCUCUUCAUUUCUGGGACACAUUUAAAGAUAGUUUUUCCGAAGAUUAUCUCCGACGACUUCAAGCCGAAGAUCCAACGGCUGGAUUCGACCUCAAUAACGUCAUCUACAACACAGCCCUCCUUUAUUUGCAAUCGCGACUGCAAGCUAUGGGAGGAGUUGGCGUCCUCAGAUUUCAGUCGGCCGUCUCCGCGGGAUAUUUCAACUGCUUUAGCUGCUGAGUACAUGCGAGAGAUGAGCUACAACACGCAGGAAAUGGUGGUGCAGGUUGCUCAGGACGAGCCUACACUUUUGGAAGUACAGAGAAUUGAAUACAAUAGGUUCCUCACCAGUGGCAAUUCCAACGAAGGACGAAUUUUUUUCUUGGAUGCUCCCGGCAGAACCGGAAAAACUUUUCACAUGAACCUCCUACUCGCCAAAAUUCGUCAGAAAAUCCGAAUUCUUAUAGCGGUUGCAUCCAGCGGCAUCGCAGCAACUCUACUGCAUGGCUGUCGUACGGCACACUCAGCAUUCAAAUUACCACUAGACUUGACCAAACAGGGAAAUCCAACUUGCAAUGUUAGUCGCGGCUCAGCCAUGGGGAAUCUUCUCACUGAGUGCAGCCUUAUCAUUUGGGAUGAGGAAGCCAUGUGUUAUAAGGCAGCAUUUGAGGCGCUCGAGCGGUCUCUUCAAGAUCUGAGACGCAAUAUGAGAGUGAUGGGUGGAGUGAUUGUUCUGCUUGCUGGCAACUUCCGACAAACUCUACCUGUCAUUCCCUGGCGGACAAGAGCUAACGAAGUAAAUGCUUCCAUAAAAUCAUCCUAG